AUGUGGCGUCUGCUACUGUUGCUCGUCCUGGGAGCGAGCCCCGCCCCGGGCGCGCUGCCCGAGCGCGUCAAGUACCUGGAGGUGUCCGAGAACGCGCGGCCGGGCACCCGGGUGGGUUUCAUCGACGUCGACAGCCCGCCGUAUCUGAUCGCGCUGGUGCCGGGCUCGCCGGUGGAGACCGACCUGAUUGUCGAGCCAACGACGGGCGAGAUAAGGACGCGGGUGGCGUUGGACCGCGAGACCCGGCCGUCGUACAGCCUGGUCGCGCUGCCGAGCGUGCGGGUGGUCAUCAGCGUGCUCGACGAGAACGAUAACGCGCCCGCGUUCGCCGUGGGCCACGUGGACGUCGAGUUCCCGGAGAACUCGCCGCGCGACGCCAAGCGGCCGCUGCCGCCGGCCUACGACCCCGACCUCGGCCAGUACACGACGCAGCGCUACGACAUCGUGUCCGGGAAUCACGGCGACGCGUUCCGGCUGUCGCAGCAGCGCGGCCGCGACGGCGUCCUCUACCUGGACCUGCAGAUCGCCGGCUCGCUCGACCGGGAGGCGCGGCCCCGCUACCACCUGGUGAUCGAGGCGCUCGACGGCGGCACGCCGCCGCUGCGCUCCCGCCUCACCGUCAACGUCACCGUGCAGGAUGUCAACGACAACCCGCCCAUCUUCAACCAGACCCGCUACGUCGCGAGCGUGCCGGAGAACGCGACCGUCGGCACGCCGGUGCUCGCGGUGAACGCGAGCGACGCCGACGCCGGGGACAACGGGCGCAUCGAGUACUCCAUCAACCGCCGGCAGUCCGACCGCGAGGAAAUGUUCCGCGUUGACCCAGCAACCGGGAUGGUCUACGUCAACAAGGCUCUUGACUUCGAGUCGCGGGAGCGGCACGAGCUGGUGAUCGUCGCCCGGGAUCGUGGCGCCCAGCCGCUCGAGGCCAGCGCGUUCGUCUCCGUCCGCGUGACCGACGUCAACGACAACCAGCCGGCCAUCACCGUCAUCUUCCUGUCGGACGACGCGACCCCCAAGAUCAGCGAGAGCGCGCAGCCCGGCGAGUUCGUCGCCCGGAUCUCCGUCAACGACCCCGACUCCCGCGCCGAGUACUCCAACGCGACGGUCUCGCUCACCGGCGGCGACGGCCACUUCGGCCUGGCGACCCGCGACAAUAUCAUCUACCUCGUGGUGGUGGAACGGCCGCUGGACCGCGAGGAGCAGUCCGUCUACGAGCUGUCGGUGGAGGCGACGGACGCCGGCACGCCGCCGCUCUGCGCCGUGCGCACCUUUCGUCUCCUCGUCACCGACGUCAACGACAACGCGCCCCGUUUCGAGUGCGAGAUGUACGAGGCUCACCUGCUGGAGGCGUCCGAGCCCGGCACGUCGAUGCUGCGGGUGCUCGCGACCGACCGCGACGAGGGCGCCAACUCGGCGGUUCGCUACUCCCUCGCCAACGCCACGUGGUUCGCGAUCGACGAGACCACCGGCCUCAUCACCACGGUCGCGCACGUCGACUGCGAGACCGACCCGACGCCGGUCCUGCUGGUCUACGCUACCGACUCCGGCCGGCCGCCCCUCAGCAGCAGCGCGACCGUGCGCAUCACCGUCCACGAUCUCAACGACAACGAGCCCAUAUUCGAGAAGCCGCUCUACAACGCCACCGUGUCGGAGGACCUGUCCGUCGGCAGCUGCUUUCUCAAGGUAAAAAAUUGCCGAAAGGACACACUCUCGUCUCUUGGUAUCUCGUCGAGUGAGACGCAAUCUUUUCUUCAUGUAUUAGAUGAAGGAAAGAAAACAGGGGUAGUCUACUAA